AAUUGCUACAGUAAUUCAAAGGACAGCCCUGUCUGGACUCAGAGUUACUGUGGAUUUUUUAAGAAACUCCGUUAGAGAAUUUAGGCAUUUCUGAUUCAGUUAAAGGAUUUGCCAAUUCAUCAAUCCCUGAAACUAAAGCAAUUUCAACAGGACCAAAAAAAAAAAAACCAAACAAACAAACCAUGGGCUUUUUAAGUCCAAUAUAUGUCCUUUUCUUCUGUUUUGGAGUUAGAGUAUAUUGCCAAUACGAAGCUUACCAAUGGGAUGAAGAGUAUGACCAAGAGCCAAAUGAGGGUUAUGAGCCAGAAUUCCAGUUUCAUCAAAAUAUUGACUAUGGAGUACCCUUUUAUCAGAAUAUUUUAGGCUGUGCUAAGGAAUGCUUUUGCCCAACUAACUUUCCAACAUCGAUGUACUGUGACAAUCGUAAACUCAAGACUAUUCCAAAUAUUCCAAUGCACAUUCAGCAACUCUACCUUCAGUUCAAUGACAUCGAGGCUGUGACUGCAAAUUCAUUCAUCAAUGCAACCCAUCUUAAGGAAAUUAACCUCAGCCACAAUAAAAUUAAAUCUCAAAAGAUUGAUUAUGGUGUGUUUGCUAAACUUUCAAAUCUACAACAACUCCAUCUAGAGCACAACAACUUGGAAGAAUUUCCAUUUCCUCUUCCUAAAUCUCUGGAAAGACUCCUUCUUGGUUAUAAUGAAAUCUCCAGACUUCAAACAAAUGCCAUGGAUGGACUGGAAAACCUGACUAUGCUUGAUCUCUGCUAUAAUCAUCUUUCUGAUUCAGUGUUAAAAGAAAAGAACCUUUCCAAAAUGGAAAAACUGAUGCAGCUCAACCUAUGUAAUAACAGAUUAGAAUCAAUGCCCCCUGGACUGCCUUCCUCACUUAUGUACCUAUCUUUAGAAAAUAAUUCAAUUUCAUCUAUACCAGACAAUUAUUUUGACAAACUUCCAAAACUUAAUGCUCUAAGAAUGUCACACAACAAACUGAAAGACAUUCCAUAUGAUAUAUUUAAUCUUUCCAACCUUAUAGAACUCAACGUUGGACACAAUAAAUUGAAGCAAGCAUUCUACAUUCCAAGGAAUUUGGAACAUCUAUACCUACAAAAUAAUGAAAUAGAAAAUAUCAAUGUGACAAUGAUGUGUCCUUCUACUGACCUACUACACCAUCGCCAUUUAACAUACCUUCGAGUGGACCAAAAUAAGCUGAAAGAACCAAUAAGUUCAUACAUCUUCUUCUGCUUCCCUCAUAUACACAGUAUUUACUAUGGUGAACAAAGGAGCACUGAUGGUGAAACAAUACAACUAAAGACCCAAGUUUUCAGGAGAUAUGAAGAGGAGGAGGAGGAGGAGGAGGAAGAAAUCCAUGAUGGUCAGGACAACACUCUCGAGGGACAAGAAGUACCAGAAGAACACUUUAAUUCUCAUUAUUAUGAAAUGCAAGAAUGGCAGGAAACUAUAUAGGUAUCUAUUAGGACUUCAAAAAACCAUACUAAUUACAAAUCUAAACAUAUACUGCUCAAAAUAAUAUAAAUAGAAAUAUUUGUUAGUAUAAGACCAGAAUUGCAUUUAAGAUGUUGGUGACUUAAAGUUUACUAAAAAAUGAUACAAAUCUUAAGUAAUAUAAGAUAAAAUGGCAAGUGAGAAUAAAACUAAGCUUAAGUGGC